AUGCCCUCACGUCAAGAUGUGAUAGCGCAAUCUAUCACUCACUCAAUUCUACAUAGCGAUGAUAAGCCUGGCUCGAUCGUUGGACACGUUCCCGCCUUCUUCCAUGCGUACUGGCUCACCUUUGAUUGCGUGCAGCGCGAAUUAUUCAAAGCGCUCCGCGGUCUCUGGCAACUCGAUGAGCUCAACUACCGUGCAAGCCUCGGGGUCGACGCCGACGGCCGGACACACGAUGAUGCUUUAGAGUCAAUGGGGGAUAUGGGCUUCAGCGGUUCGACGUUCUUCAUCGCGAAAGAGAAUUACAUUGUCAAAUCAAUACCUCGACGCUUCGAGCAUUCCUUCUUCAAAAACGAGCUGCUUCUCCCCUAUGCGGACUAUAUGCGUAACAAUCCAAGAUCAUUGCUGGUUCGGAUCACAGAUUUCUUACAGUACAGUCACUACAGCAUGGGCUCCAUGAUAGGACUGGCGCCCAGCCAUCACAUCGUGAUGGAGAACAUCCAACGAGGCAAAUCACUGGAUCAACGGCAAGGGAAAGAAGCCGAAUGGGAGACCUUUGACCUCAAACCACAGAGCUACUUCUAUCCCGAGAGAGACGUGGCUGGAGGCAUCCUCGCUUCCGAAGCUACAAAAAGCAAGCUCGCUGACGAUUUUGACGACAAAGUUCGACUGACGCUGGAUGUCGUAGAGGAGUUUAAAUAUCAGCUCCAAAAGGACACUGCCUUCCUUGCGAAGCAUAACGCGGUGGACUACUCUCUUUUCUUGUUGCGGAUACCCCGACCAAAUGAUGAACAGUCUGCCUCGGGACCUUCAACGACCACAUCAAAACCGCCUUACAACCCUCCUGAACCUCAGACGUGGCGUACCGGCAUCAAGUCUGCGGAUGGGAAGUAUGUCUACCGCGCUGUCAUUCUCGAUUUCUUCUGGUCCAAGCAUAAGGUCCAUGCCCAGGCUAUGACUGGGCUCAUCAAAGCCUAUAAUAUCUUUGAUCGACAGGGCCCCAUGAGCGUGACCACCACGAGUCCCGAAUACCGAGCCCGGUUUAGCAAGAUGUGUACGGACAUGCUGGAAGUGCAGACGGAUUCGUAG